AUGGGUCUCCCUUUGUACAUCGCCCCGGUCGAAUCAGACGUUCCUCUCAGAUCCGCUCCCAAAAGCCCACCUGCACAUCCGCGAUCAGCCAUUCGCCGACGCAGACACGAUGUGUCAGGUGUCGAGGCGCGCCGGCGCGCCGGCUUAGCUGCACAUAUCGCCGCAGUCCACGACUACGCAUUCGGGCCUUCACAACGUUGGGUUGCCAGAAGAGGAGGCCGCCUUGCGACACCGCCCAGAGAAAACACCGCUGCUGCUACCGCUGGCCACACUACUAUGGAUUCUACGGCCGACACACAGCCACUUGACGCAGACCAGUGGAGAGCUGCCACUCGCAGGUUCAGAGAGCCUUCCAACCCCCCGUCACGAAGGUCGACUGGUUUAGACGACCGGGCGGCAUCUGCAAUGGCCGAGCGAUGGGCCAACCUUCAUACACGCGCAAGCCCAGACCUGGCCGCCCGUGUGCAGGCGCUCCGCACUGCGGUGGACAGCGCGCAUCGGAGCGUACGAAGCCCCAGAGACGGUCUGUCACGUUUUGCCCGGUCCCGAACAUCGCGUUCGCGUGACGAGAGUUUGGAACUACCACCCAUAAGACAGGAGGUGCGAGUUGUAGUCGAACCAUCUCAUACUCUUGAGCCUGACUUGUCAACCAUGGGAGGCAUGGCGGGGCAGAGACCCUCGCGCUCUUCAAGGAAUAGCAGAAGAGAACCAAGUCGACCGACACCUAUGGAUGGGCUUGGCGAUCGCAAUCGUAGCCUGAGUCCGGAAGCGGACAACCCCUGGCAAACUAUUGUAUCUACCCUUACACCCGACCCGCAGCCACCAAGUGCUAGCUCGUCCUUUGCAUCGACGUCGGCGUCCUUGUCAACGUCGACAACGCAAAGCGCCGGUUCAGGCCAGUCCUCCGCCACUUCGAUGACUGGGAGGGACACACGGAUGGACGACGCUGAUCAGAUCUGCGAGUCGGCCUGUGAGAACUCGGAUACGGAGGAAGACGAAGACGAUGAGUCUUCCGAGUCGGCUCUCAUUCCAUUUUUCAGCCGUCCAGAGCUUACUGACGAUGCUCGCAUGGACCAGUUUAUGCGAGCCGUUCAAUCAUACUCCAGUGAGACCGGCGACAGAAGUAGAGGCACGCGCACAUAUGCUGAUGUCAUUGGCAACACGGCCGACCGUACGAAUCCGAGUGGGAGCUCGGCGGACAACCCCGGAGAGCUCAUGGGCGAAAUGCAGCGCAUUGUACGCCGUCUUGCAACGCGCGAAGAUAUUCCUGACGAGUGGUGGGCCGAAGUUGGGCUCAGUCGGACCCUUUCUAGAGCGUCUGGCUAG